ACUCCUAGUGUAAUAACUAAGAGUUAAUUUCAAGAUCAAACUUCACACUUUGAGAGAGAAAUUAAUAUGGGUGUUUCCCAUUUUAAAAUCCCAUUAUUCCUUUUGUCAUUGAUCAUCUUUUGCAUGUUUGAGCAUGCUCUGGCGGGCACUACUAAACACUACAAUUUUGAAAUAAGGCACCAAAAUGUGACACGAUUGUGCCACACAAAGAGCAUUGUGACAGUGAAUGGCCAGUUUCCAGGACCUCGCAUUGUAGCUAGGGAGGGAGACCGUCUUCUUAUCAAAGUGACUAACCAUGUUCAGAACAAUAUCACCAUUCACUGGCAUGGAAUUAGACAGCUUCAAUCAGGGUGGGCUGAUGGGCCAUCAUAUGUGACUCAGUGCCCCAUUCAAACAGGCCAAACUUUUGUCUACAAUUACACAAUUGUUGGUCAGAGAGGCACUCUCUGGUGGCAUGCUCACAUUUCAUGGUUAAGAUCAACUUUGUAUGGUCCUCUCAUCAUUCUUCCCAAGCUCAAUGCUCAAUAUCCUUUUGCCAAACCCCACAAGGAAGUUCCUAUCAUAUUUGGAGAGUGGUGGAAUGCAGAUCCUGAGGCAAUCAUAACACAAGCCCUUCAAACCGGUGGAGGACCAAAUGUAUCUGAUGCCUACACAAUUAAUGGACUUCCAGGGCCAUUGUAUAACUGCUCUCACAAAGAUACAUUCAAGUUGAAGGUGAAGCCAGGGAAGAUUUACCUUCUACGUUUGAUCAAUGCGGCACUCAACGACGAGCUAUUUUUCAGCAUUGCAAAUCACACCCUCACAGUUGUUGAAACAGAUGCAGUUUAUGUAAAACCUUUUGCAACCAACACCAUCCUUAUAACCCCAGGCCAAACCACUAAUGUUAUUCUCAAAACCAAUUCUCACUACCCCAAUGCCACAUUCCUCAUGACUGCGAGACCAUAUGCUACUGGCCUUGGCACUUUUGACAACACAACUGUGGCUGCCAUAUUGGAAUACAAAACCCCAUCAAAUACUCACCAUUCAGCUGCUUCACUGAAAAACCUUCCACUCCUCAAACCUAUUCUCCCUGCACUCAAUGACACUUCUUUUGCCACAAAAUUCACCAACAAACUCCGCAGCUUAGCAAGUGCUCAGUUUCCAGCCAAUGUACCACAAAAAGUUGAUAAACACUUUUUCUUCACAGUAGGCCUUGGCACAACUCCCUGCCCACAAAACCAAACUUGUCAAGGACCCACCAAUUCAACAAAAUUUUCAGCAUCAGUGAACAAUGUCUCUUUUAUACAACCAACCACUGCACUUCUCCAAACCCACUUCUUUGGGCAAUCCAAUAGGGUUUACACCCCUGACUUCCCAACCAAACCAUUGGUUCCAUUCAACUAUACAGGGACCCCACCAAACAACACCAUGGUGAGCAAUGGCACAAAGGUGGUGGUUCUUCCAUUCAACACAAGUGUAGAACUUGUGAUGCAGGACACCAGCAUUCUUGGUGCUGAAAGCCACCCUCUCCAUUUGCAUGGCUUUAACUUUUUUGUUGUUGGUCAAGGAUUUGGUAACUAUGAUCCAAAUAAGGACCCUGCAAACUUCAAUCUUGAUGACCCAAUUGAGAGGAACACAGUUGGUGUUCCAUCAGGUGGAUGGGUUGCUAUCAGAUUCCUAGCAGAUAAUCCAGGGGUAUGGUUCAUGCAUUGUCACUUAGAAGUGCACACAAGCUGGGGUCUUAAGAUGGCAUGGGUUGUCUUGGAUGGAAAACUCCCAAAUCAAAAGUUGUUCCCACCGCCAGCUGAUCUUCCCAUGUGUUAACAAAAAACUCAAAUUGAUUCAACAAUGAGCAAUUGCUUCUUACCGGUUGCUUUCAUUUUCUAUUUUUUAUUUUUUAUUUUCAUUUUUGGGUGAAAAAGGAGUUGAGGUCUUGAGGAUUGAAUUGAGAUUGAGGUUGAACUUUUUCCUUUUUUUGGAUGAUAAUUUUAUUUAUAGGAGACGUCUUUCUCUACAAAAUUGUAAUCAAUUAAUUUGAAUGAAAAUUCGUCAUGAAUAUAUUAUUAUUACAAAUGCA